GUGUAUGUUGCAGAAUGAGGCAGAGAAGACGAUCAAGAGGAUCCAGGCUCAGAAAGGAGUAGAAGGAGUUAUCGUGGUUAACGCAGAAGGCAUCCCCAUAGAAAGCAAUCUAGACCACCAACGUACACUUCACUAUACCUAUAAUUUCCAACAGCUGCUCGCCAGAACUCAGAGAGUGAUGAAGGACCUGGACCCUCAGAAUGAAGCCACCCUUCUGGAUAUUCAAACAGAGAAAAACAAUAUUCUGGUUUCCACAGACAAGGACUAUUUUAUGAUUGCCAUGAAACAUUCUAGAGAAGGGCCCUGAACUCUUUCUUUUCUUCAUUAUUUAUUUUUCAGUAGUUUUUUUUUUUUUUUUUUUUUUAAUUAAUGGAAAAAAGUGUUACAUUCCAUGUUCCAUGAAAGUUAAGUUUGAUGUUAAGUUUGAUGUGAAGAAGCGUCCAUUAAUACAAAUGUUGAAUGUACUGCCUUUGCUUGUUCUAAUAGUUUGGUCUCUUUUGUAAGUACUCCAGCUGCUCAUCAUCUGGAGGCAUCAGCACGACAUUAUAACAUACUGUACCUGUUUAUGUAUGCAAAAAAAAAAAAAAAAAAAAACUACAGUGCAUUUUC